AUGAGACUGGCAGUCGUCUCCGGUCUCGCUCUUAGUUCGUUGAGGACUGGCGCCCUCCCAACACUACUUGGGCGCCAGGUCAAUGAAGCAGAGAGGGUAGUGGACGCUGUUCAAAGCACCUGGCAGGGUCCAACAGACACGCUCUCUGUGCUGUUCAUCAUUGGAGGUGAUGUUGUCACCCGAGCUGUCGCCCAGAUGACGGGUCCGGCCAUUCCGCCAGUAGCAUUCAGCUUCGGAUGGGUGGCAUACUCCUUCGCUGCUCUGGCAAACAUCGUUGGCGAUGGACGUUUGAUGCCGGCGCCCGACUUCGCCGCGAAAGUCAUCAACAUCCACAGUGGCGUCUUGCGUAGCAGCCGGUCGUGGGUUCUGGGGCGGCUACUGCGUGACAUGGAACGCCCGCUCGGGGCGACUGUCGCCCUCAACGUGUCCGUAUACCUUGUAACGCCACAAACCCCGUUAUUCUGGGACUGGUGCCUGAUGAGUAGCAUCGCAGUGAUUGUGGUACAGCUGGGCGUAGCAGCGAUACCAUGCGUGCUGUGUGGAGAUUGGGGUGUGCUGCUCGUGACAGUCAUCGGCACCCUUCUCUGCCUGUGUACGGGUGCCCUCCCGCAAUGGCGUCUCGAGAAGUACUCAGGACGCCGCGACAGGGCGAAGGUCGUGGCGCUGACGGGCGGCAAUGGUUCGCGCGAUGUUCUGGUCAUCGUCAACCCGGGAUAUGGCGUUGACCUGGAGGACCUUGCCGCCGCGCACAUACCUCAACACCGCCAUGCCUUGAACCGUUUGAGAGACUCUAUUCAGGGAGGACAUUCAGGCUCCGCGGACUCGGGAACGUCAGAAGAUACAUCUGUGCGGACGGACCGCGCGAUCUUUGGUGUGCCGGUCGGGCUGCGCCUAACCCAGUUCAUUUGCGUCGUCUUUACAUCCGCUUGGAUAGCGCUUCUGAUAACUGUCGAAGCUCUCAAUAUGCAACCAUGGUAUCUCCUCCUCGUCGGAGGUCUAGGCAUGCUACAGAAUGUAGUUGUUGCCGGCGCCAAAAGGACACCUGCUGCACACGGGAUACCGCUGACCCUCGUCGAAGAGAUUACGCGCAGCAAAGUCAUGCACGCGCUCAUGGACGUGGAAGUCGCAUAUCCAACGUUAGGGAGAGUGCUCCUGGGCGAGUUCUUCUCGGCAGCGUCCAUUCAGCAAGACGAGCGUGACUGGUGGAAUGGUGAUCGCAAGAGAUACAACGCCCAACGGACCCCGGAGACCGUGGUAGAAGACGCAGGGAAUCCCGGAUCCGUGACCGCAAAUGUUCGUAAGCAUUUCCAUGAGCCUGCUAAGUUGAAGGUUCUCGCUGGUUCGGCGAUAGAGGGUGGAUGUCGUUGA